CCAAUUUAAAUCACUCCCUUCUUCUCUCUCCUCUCUCCUAUGACCCAUCAUCCCCUGUUGAAAUGUUCGGCCGUCCAAAUCCACCGCACAAGCCGUCGCUCCACCCUCUCGCCGCUCCAUAACCUCAAAUUCAUGGAGGGGAAUCUUCGGAGGCGGAGAGAAACGUAAUUUCUUCCGAGGCGGAAGAGAAUUGAAGUAUGGUGGGCGGUUUUCCGGGAACGCCGCUGGCAGCAGCGGUAGAUCUCAGAAGAAAGGGGAAAGCUUUAGAAGGCCUCCGGGUGGACUUCUUCCUCGGCAGCGGCAAAUUUUUUCUUCCUCCGGGUGGACUUCUUCCUCAGCAGUGGCAGAUCUCAGCAGCGGUCCACAGAGUUGCAGAUUCCGACCAGAGCUCUAGGUCGCCGUCUCGACGCUCACAGUUCAAGUUCCCAGCCACUGCCGCUGUCUAUUUCCGACGAGUUUUGUGUGUUUAGCCUUCCUCCUCAAAGACAAUGAUUGAUGAGCUAUUAUCAGCUAGAAAAUGAAUUACGCUGAAGCCGUUUCCUCCAUUUUUUCUUCGCCAAGCUGAGCAGCACCUGGUCAUCCCAAAUUUGGCUGCUUAGUAUUUCAGAUUCACAAAAAAUCCGAAUGAUCACCCAUAUAAAAAACAACAUGGUCGAGUAAAUAGCCAGCAUGAAGAUUUGUAGGCAUACUGGUUAUGGUAGUGUGCCUUAAAAUUGGAGACCAACACAGGACAGAGGGUAUCGGGGAAAGUUAACCCUCGGCUGCAUAAGAUUUUUCCACUUCUUCAACUCAUUUGCCACGCCCAAGGGUUUGCUUUGGUAAGAAGUGCAAUCAAAUAAACCCGCCAAGAUGUUCUGUUUUUUAUUUCCAUCUUGUGCAUGUUUUCUCACUAUUUUUUCCUUUUUAUUCUCAUGAGAUCAAUAACAAAUUUCUUCUCAUUCU